AUUUUACAAAAUAAAAAUUUUCGAGUACAAAAACAAAGUGAAAUUGGUGCAAUUCAUAAAAACAAUGAGUAAAUAACGUAAAUAAACAUCUAAUUAAUACAAGUUUCUUGAAAAUAAUUUUCAAAACUUCUUUCUAUCGAUUUUUGAAAAUUUUCAAUGGAGUAAAACACGAACGUUGUUAGCGCAUUGUCAUCGCGCAUUUACAAAGUUUCUUUCGCGUCUAAUAAUUUGAUUUUAUUGAAUUUUCAAUACUUCAAAAUCCUUGAAACGAUAGACAGAAGAAAAAGGUAUUUCGCUAAGCUUUUCUACAGUACUUUUCAGAAACAGCACGUGUAGGACUUACAAAAUUCAGUUCGUAGAAAUUUGUUUAUUAAAUUUUUAAAGAUGAUUUUAAAGCUUAGAAAUAUGUCAGUGCGAUACAAAAGUACUAAUUUUUUCAAAGAGUUCGCUCGUAACGACAGAAAGAACUGUGAAAUACGUAUUAUUCGUAAAAAAGAAACAAGUGAUGGUGAUAACAAUGGUCUAACCUCAAAACAUUACAACAUGGGUUAUCAAUAUAAAUUUAUGAGAAAGGAUAUUAAAACAUCGCCCUAUGAUGUCCCACCAGAUCUCAAAUCAAUUCGAAGACUAAAACAAAAAUACAAAGGUUACAGUGCAAAAACAAAUAAACUCUCCGCUGAAAAUUACAUUUCAACAAGAAAUCCAGAAGAAAUAUCGGACGUUCACUAUGGAAUAAGAAAACGUUCAUUUUCCACAUUUUCGAAUAAUACAAAUUCACUCUGUGCCAAUUUUAUCCUAAAGGAAAGUAAAAAUUUCGAAAAACCUCUUAGAACCGUUAAAUGGAAAUCACAAACAAAUAAUCCAAUCAAUUCACCAGCUAGUAAUAUUAAAUAUCGCAAUUUUAAAAAUACAAAAUUCAAAGUAAUUAAAUUUAAAAAUUCCACACUAAUACAGGAGACAAUAAAUAAAACGACUACAAUUCAAGCAACAGAGGAAGUUUCAAAUGAUAACAAUGUUAAUUUAAAAACAGAUGAAAAUCGAGAAAAUGAAAUUUGUUUACAAAUGCUAUCGUCAUCAUUGUUUAAAACACUUUUUCCAGAAGGAAACCAGUCAUUUGUUUCCCCAGAGAAAUUAGAUUCAAUAAAAAAAGAAUUAGAAACUUUUGGAUUAAAUGUCGAUAAACAAAUUCGCUUACCAAAUGUGAAUGUAGAAUUGCCUAGUCUAGAGGGAAAGAAUAUUGAAGAGCAUUUUUACAAUAUUGCUACAUCACAAAUCAAACCCUACUUGAAAGUUGUGAAUGAGCUCAUUAAAAAAAUCCCACCAGCUCCUGAACAAUGGAUUCUUCAAGAAGGAUGGACAAAAUAUACAGAAUUCGGAUCGGAAAAAGUGGAUUAUCCACCAGAAGACGGAUUAAUAUUCGACGUAGAAGUUUGCGUCAAUGAAGGACAACUUCCAACCCUAGCAACAGCAGUGAGUAAAAAUGCAUGGUACGGUUGGGUGUCAAAAUCCCUCGUCGAAGGCUCGAAUGUCGUCAAGGACAAUUAUCUCUCCGACGACUAUCUCAUACCCCUCGAAAGUACAUCCGAAGACUAUGGAACAAAAUUAACAAAUUUCCAGAAACGAGGAAAAUUAAUAAUCGGUCACAAUGUCUCUUACGAUCGUGCUCGAAUUAAGGAACAAUAUUGGCUGAAUUCAACUGGAACACGAUUCAUCGAUACAAUGUCAAUGCAUGUAUGUAUUAGUGGAAUCAACAGUUUUCAACGAGCUCUCUUAAAGUCAAAUAAAGAAGAAGACAACGACGACGACAGCCUUGAUGAGAAGUUGCGCAAUCUCUCCUCAUUGAACAAUUUGUCUGACGUUUACAAACUCUAUUGUGGACGGAAAAUCGAUAAAAAGGCUCGCGACUUAUUUGUCGACGGUACACUUUUACAAAUUCGAGAGCAAUUCAACGAUAUGAUGAAGUACUGCGCCAAUGAUGUUCGUUCCACAUUUGAAAUAUUUCAAAUUUUAUUUCCUUUAUUUAAAGAGAGAUUUCCACAUCCAGUCACAUUUGCCGGAAUGUUGGAACUUGGCUCGGCCUAUUUGCCUGUGAAUUCAAAUUGGCGGCGUUAUAUCGAGGAGGCGGAUUUGACUUUCGAUGAUUUGAGUCACGAGUCGAAGGUUAUUUUGUCGAAAAGAGCGGCCGAGGUGUGUCGAUUGAUGCACGAUGGCAAGUAUAAGGAGGACUUGUGGAUGUGGGAUCAGGACUGGAGUACUCAGAGUGUUAAGAUCAAGUCGCUUCUGACGAAGGAGAAACGUUUGGAAAUGAUUCGAGAAAAGGAGGAAAGGGCGAAGGAAAAAGAGGCCGAGAAAAACGAAGAGGAAGAAAUCGAUCCGCUGGAGGAGAAAUUUUCCUAUUUGCACGACACGAAAUAUUACCUUCCGGCGAAAAUGCCACACAUGCCGGGCUAUCCCACCUGGUAUCGAAAAUUAUGUGACAAAAAAAGCGACGAGGACUGGCUACCAGGCGCUCAGAAUAUCAGCACUUCCAUGAAAGUCGUACCGAAGAUUUUGAAUCUCACUUGGGAGAAUUAUCCCCUGCACUAUAUUCGCGAACACGGUUGGGGAUUUCUAGUUCCCUACAGUCAAGAUCUUAGCAAGUGUCCACUGCCCGUUGAGAAUCGAGAAGGAGAGACUGAUUACGCAAUGAUGACUUUGGACUCAGAGGUACAGAGUGAAUUGUCAAAGACGGAAUUUUGGCGAGAGAAGAGGAGGAAAAACCCCGAGGGUACUUUCUACAAGGGAAGUGGAGUCUGGUGUAAUGUGGAUAUGGACAAUUGUUGCUGGUUCUUCAAACUCCCGCACAAGGACGGAGCGUCGAAGAAUGUCGGCAAUCCCUUGGCGAAGGAUUUUUUGAAUAAAUUCUCCGACAAUGUGCUCGCUGGUCUCGACGUGAGUGCCACCUCGGUUCUCAAGAUAGCGAGAAUGUUGUCUUAUUGGCGGAACAAUAGGGACCGAAUUCACUCCCAACUGGUUAUUUGGUUCAAUGAAAAGGGGUUACCGAGUGCUUUUAAGAAAAGAAAAAUGCGGUACGGCGCGAUUCUUCCCCAGGUUGUGGUCUCUGGGACAUUGACCCGACGAGCUGUGGAGCCGACUUGGAUGACGGCGUCGAACGCCCAUGGGGAGCGAAUAGGAUCCGAAUUACGUGCCAUGAUCCAAGCGCCUCCGGGUUAUAAUAUUGUUGGAGCGGACGUGGACAGUCAGGAAUUGUGGAUCGCUUCCGUGAUCGGCGACGCUCAUCACGCGAAAAUCCACGGAGCGACACCUUUUGGAUGGAUGACCCUGAUCGGUAAUAAAGCCGACGGGACCGAUAUGCAUAGCGUCACGGCGAAGGCGAUCGGAAUAUCCCGGGACCACGCGAAAGUAAUCAACUACGCUCGAAUCUACGGCGCCGGGCAGAGAUUCGCCGAGAGACUUCUGAAACAAUUCAACCCAACGAUGACCGAGUCGGAAGCGUCCUCAAAAUCGAAAAAAAUGUUCGCUUUAACAAAAGGACGAAAAGUCUACCGUCUGAAAAAGGAAUUCAUCAGCAAGGAGCUCACCGACAAGGAAUACUCCGGAGGAUUAAUAUUCAAACUAGCGAAGAUCUACGGUCGCACAGUGAGCGAAAUGUUCGAGAAAGGUCAAUGGAUCGGUGGCUCUGAAUCAGCAAUGUUCAACAGACUCGAGGAGAUUGCCGGCAGUUCACAGCCGGUUACUCCAUUCUUGAACUCGAGACUGAGUCGGGCAUUGGAGGGCCAACAGGUGGACGACGAUAAAUAUCUGCCGACGAAAAUAAAUUGGGUUGUUCAAAGUGGAGCGGUUGAUUUUUUACACUUGAUGUUGGUCUCGAUGCGAUGGCUGAUGCGCGAUAAUGCGAGAUUUUGUCUCUCGUUUCACGACGAAAUCCGCUAUCUGGUAUCGACCAAGUUUAAAUAUAAUGCCGCACUUGCCAUGCACAUUACAAAUUUGCUGACUCGUUCUUUUUGCUCCUCGCGACUUGGCUUGAAGGACUUGCCAAUGUCGGUGGCUUUUUUCACCUCAGUUGAAGUUGACACUGUUCUCAGGAAGGACGCAAAUCUCGAUUGUAAAACGCCGUCAAAUCCGCAUGGACUCGAGGCUGGCUAUGAAAUAUCGCCUGGAGAGAGUUUAGACAUUUGGAAGGCUAUUGAAAAAUCAUCGGGAAAUAUUGGCACAUACUCGUCGCAGAAUAAAAAUAGAAAUAAUUCUAAUCUUGAAAGUGGCAAAAGUAAAGAAGACGCCACUGAUGACGUUCGAAUGUGAUUUUUUUUUACUCGUGCAUUUUUUCUCCUAAAUUCAGAAUGUCGAAGUCAACAAAACGCAAACACGUGACCAGGGAACUUGAGGAGGAUUUAAGUGUGCCAUCGGAGACUCAAUCGAUAGUUCAACUGAUAGAAUCAAGAGGAAAUAACCUUCACGAAGCAAUGGAUGUAAACG